GGUGAUUUUCUACGAUGGAGACGACACUUUCAUCCCUGUGUGUUAGCGGUCUUAUUUUAAUCCUGUAAGUCGUGACAAUUUGGAAACGUCCAGUUCAGACAACAUGCCACACGUGUUGCUAAAUGCUAAUUUCUCUAGACUGAUAAAAUCUCCGUAUCUCUUCAGCGUGCCGUUUGGUUUUAGCACCAGUCCCAUUAAGAGGGGAAGACUAUCGUACCCCUCGAGUUCCUCGAUUUGUCCAACAGACCACUCCGUACCGAUUGCCGAUAGAAUAGCAUGUCAUGUUGCAAAACAAAACGUUACUGACCACUACAGUACUCCCGUUGAGAGAAUUGUUCAACUCUAUUCAAGAGCCUCGACUGGUCAUGUUCAAAUAAUGAAAACGGGACUAGAUGCACUUGGUCAGGACGGCUCAGCUUACGCGAGACUGGUGCUGGAGUCCGACAACUUUGGACGGAUAAAGAUCAAAAGGGAGAAAACAAACCGCUAUAUCUGCCUAAGUAAAAAAGGAGACCUCGUUAUCAGGGUUAAGAAGCAAAAGUUUGCUGCAAUGAGAAGAUGCAUUUUUAAAGAGGAGAUGACAGGUGAUGGUUACUUUCAGUACAGAUCAGUCAGGUAUCCACAAUGGUACAUCGGUUUCUCCAAAGGAGGGCGCCCAAGGCACGGAAGUAAGAGUGCCAAGCGAGCAAUUUACCGCCAUUUUACAAUAAGAAACACACCAGACAGAAGACGACACACCAGGAGAGAGGCUAGAAUUAAAAGAAUCAUUAAGUGGCUUAGAAAGAGGUUAAGGAAGGCUUAGAUCCUCAACUCGCGAAGCCUGAUAGGGAAAUCUUUCUUUUGGCUGCUAUACACUCUCUUGUGAAAUAGUCAAGAGAAUUUGGUGUCGUGUGACGCGAACACCCUCCGAUGGACAAGUUUGUCUAUUUUCAUCGUCUGUUUGUUGGAUAAUGUAUUGAUACUUAAGGAGAAAUUAUAUGUUAACUACUAAGAUGUUACUAUUAUAUGUUAACUACUUCUACGGCUUUGAGGGUACCAGUGAUGCUCAACCUGGGGCCAUAAAAUGUAUGCACAUGCUGAAGACACAACCAAAACUGAUGGACAACAACUCCGUUUAAAACGGUGGUCCAAGUUGAGUGGAUCAACUUGGCAUGUAGUCGAGUUCGGCUUUGUAAAGGGUAGUACUUUUAACAGGUUGGUAGCGUGACUCAUGGUUUAAGAUAAAUUAUGAGACUCUUUAAAUACGGGUCUUAAGCUCUACUUAAAAUACUUAGGUAGUUAGUGUGGCAAUAAUCAUCACGAAAACGACUUACACCAGUUUUAGUUUAAGUUUCUUAUAAUCCCAAAAGAAGAAUAAGGAAUAUUAGGAAUAAUUCCCUUAGGUAUACUUUUUGCUUUAUCUUUAAUAUUUUUUUUAUUUUUAAAACUCAUUAUUACAAGGAUCACGGAGUGGAAGUUCUAGACCAAUGUUGACCCUGAAACAUGCCCGUUUGGUUGAUUGUAAUGACCUUUUCAUACCUUAGGAGUAAUUUAUGAUAUUAGGAUCACCCAGGAAAGUUCUAGACCGAUGUUCAAACAGAAACAUGGAAGUUCACUCUCGCUAAAAGGUAUCAAAAUGCUUUUGAAGAAUCCUGUGAUCUUACUUUUUACCCAAAUUUGUGAUAAAAGGGGAACAUAUUGAAACUUUUCAAAAAUAUUUAAUCUCUGUCGCGGUAUUUAUGUUUUCUUUCUGUAAGUGAAACAGCAAUUUAAGUCAAGUUUAAAGAUGCAUUAAUUUAAUGAAUUAAUGCUCCUUCGAAGCUGUAAUAAAAGAUCAACGAUUUAAGAUACAGAAAAGCUAACUAAAAUUCACAGGAAAAUGGCGGAAAUGUAUCGAUGGAGUUAAAUCAUACAAACAAAGCGCCCCGUUGGAUGUUGCUAGUCCCAUUUAUUUUAGCGAGCCGGUUAGUCUUUAAGCAAUAUGCAAUUAUGUCAGAAAACUCGCAAUUUCGGUAUUGUCGACGGUAUGAGAAAGGAAACGGAAGCUCUUCUCUGUAAUUUGUCCUCUGAGUCUACAAAGAGUACCCAAUAGAAUAUACUCAGCAAAAUGGACCACAAUUGCAAAAUGGACCACAAUAAACUGAGUGCCCUUACGCCAGAACGUGCGCGUGAACUUAAUCAAAAACAGCGUUUCAGUCCUUGCUUCCCCGUUGGGGCCAUUCCUAAUUUAACAUGCCGACGUAGUCCAAGGCUAAGCUGGUUUUUGAUUAGAGAAAACUUAUGAAGUCCUCCAGAUUACAUGUGCUUCUAUUGUAUUAUGAUGUUUGACACUUUUUUGGGCUUCAUCCAAAUCUCGUGAGUCACUUUUCAUGUAAGCUGUGUCACGUGACGUCUCGACAUGAUAAUGGUACUGGGCGUGCCCAUUGCAGCCGAGCUUAGCGCACCGACUGCUCGUUUCUCUUCAAGUCUUUUAGUUGAUGGGAUAAGCUCCAUCGUCUAAAGAGGCUACCCUUGGUUACAGUGCGCGCAUUUCUUUUCUUUGGCAGCCGUGGUGGAGAGGAGAAACCGUAACACAAUACCAUGUAGUUCCUGUCUCUACUGCAUUUCGAGAAUACGUAGCUGUAAGAUUAUCGUGUAAAUAUAAAAUCAUUAUUGUAAACAUGACACUUCAAUAUCUUAGCAAUUCGGUGAACUUAAGUGUCUGAGUGCUGUGAAGACUGAACGUGAUUGAACCAAUACUGAUAGGCUCUCAGCACA